AUGUCAAAUUUUACACCUGUAUCCGAGUCAAUAAUUCCCAAUGAGCCCAUCGACAACAAAGCCAGAGGGCAGGAAGACUUAGGGAACAUAAAGGAUGGCUUAACAUUAGAGAUUACAAAGGAUGGAAAUGGUUCGCAAGGAACUACAAUCCAGGGCGAGGAUAUAGAAAAGCAACAACAAGAUGCUCAAGAGUUAUACAUGGACAGUGGAUAUUCAUGGGCGAUUUGUUUUGCAUGUUUUCUACUAUAUUUUGCUAGUUGGGGUCAGAACUCAGGAUUUGCUAUUUACUUUUCAUAUUUCUUAAAUAAUAAUACUUUCCCAGGAGCUACAAAGAUCGAUUAUGCUUUUAUAGGUGGUACUGCUUUUGGUGUAGGGAUAUUUUUUAGUCCCUUAAUUAACUACUUUAUUGGAAAAAUAGGUACUCGUCCUAUUAUCGCAAUAGGUAACUGUCUUCAAUUCACAGCAUUAAUGCUUGCAAGUUUCAGCAAAAAGAAAUGGCAAUUGUAUUUAACUCAGGGAUUAAUGCAAAGUUUUGGCCUUGCUCUAGUUUUCAUGCCUAGCGCAGCCUUAAUACCACAGUACUUUAAAAAGAAAAGAGUAUUGGCGGGAGGAAUAGCGACAGCUGGUUCUGGUGUUGGAGGUAUAUGUUUCAAUGUGGGCAUGCAACACGUUGUUGAGACAAAGGGAGUAUUUUGGGCCUUAAGAACUCAAAGUAUAAUUGGAUUCAUUUCAGUAUGGAUUGCUAUUGCCCUUAUAAGGACUAGAAACAAGAGAAUAAAUGUCCAGCUUACAGUAUUUGAUAAAGAUAUAGUAAGAACCGCCGGAUUCUGGAUAUUUGCAUUUUUUGUGAUUACAUGUAUGUUUGGAUAUGUUAUUGUUCUAUAUACUUUAGCACAAUUUACUACAUCUCUUGGAUACUCUGAAUAUCAAGGUUCAAUUACUUCUACUAUGGUCCAACUAGGAAAUGCUGUAGGAAGGCCAUUUAUAGGUUUAAUAUCUGAUAGAUAUGGAGGUGUUACAGUGGCAAUUGCUGCUUAUGCAAUUGUUGGUAUCCUCUGUUUAGCUAUGUGGAUUCCAGCAAGGACUUUUGGUACUGUGAUUGCUUUCGCUAUAAUAGAAGGGGCAUUAAUGGGAUCAAUUUAUGGUAUGUUAGCACCAGCAGUUGCUCGUACAUUUGGUAUCAGAAAGAUGAAUGUUACAUUCAGCAUGUUUUGGAUGAUUAUGGGAGUUGCCGGAUUGUUUUCUCCAGUAAUUGGAAUAAAAUUGAAACAAGGUGGAGGAGGAAUUGUUGACCCCACACAGUAUGUUAAUUGUUCAAUUUUUGCUGGAUGUUCCUUCCUUGCUUGCACGAUAGCUUUGGUGAUUUUAAGAGGUUAUAUUAAAGCAAGAGAUCUAAUUUCAGAGAAAGGAGACUCUGAUUAUAUGGAUCCCAUCGGAAUAACAGUGUCAGCAAGAGCAGUCUUAACUAGUUGCUUUAAGACUAGUCACGAGAAGACUUAG